AGUAAAAUUACCAAAUUAUAGAGCCAGUAAAUAGAUUUAACGGUUCUGAUUCGUCAAUCGUCCCUAAAGUAGGAAUCCGGAACUAUCAUCACCGAGUCCGACCCGAAUUUUUAAACAUAAAUGCGCAAAAGAAAUUAAUCCACCGUCUUCUAGGUGAAAAAAAAAGGAAAGAAAAAACAAGGGAGACGAGACAUAUAGAGAGGGAGAGUGAAAAGAAAAAAGGAAAAGAAAAACUCCUUUUAAUUUAGAGCGAGUCACGGCAAAUUCGCCACCGAUCUAACGCAACCGAGCUAAUGGAAGGAGUGGGGGCUCGACUCGGGCGGUCUUCCACUCGGUACGGACCGGCUACGGUGUUCACUGGGCCGAUAAGGAAAUGGAAGAAGCAAUGGGUCUACGUUUCCCCAUAUAACAGCGGCAGCAGCAACAACAAUAAUCACUCUCAUAAUCGCCACGGCAGCAACGGUAUUUCCAACGGUAAUAACGGUUCACAUCUCGUCCUUUUAAAGUGGACUCCAAUAUCCCAAAGCCAAAAAAACAACAACAACAAUGAAAACAAUGAUUCUUCCAAGGACGAUGCUGUGGCGGCGCCCGAGGAGCCACCAAGGCGGAAAUUUAAAUACAUUCCGAUUGCUUUGCUAGAGGAACAGAAAAAGGAAGAUGCAGAAAAUGAGGCUGCAGAAAACGGUGAUGAUGAAGCUAAUCCAAAUGAGGCUGGCCCUCGUACAGCAGAGCCAACUUCCAGGAAUGAUGGUUAUAAUGAAAAACCAGACAUUAAUGAUGUACCUAUGGACGAAAGUCAGGAGGAUAAUAAAAUAGUUCGACAAGAUCUGAAUGAAAGCGCUUUGGAUUUAAGUUUGGGUUUGAUAGCCCAUGAUGUUGAGUCUGAUUCAAAAACAAAUCAAAAUGGGCGGUUGGAAAGAGUGAAAUCAAGUAGCGGUGGGACAUGAGUGUAGCUGUGCUGGUCGUUUCAGCUAAUAGACUAAUGAAGAUGAUAAGUAGACAUCGACCUAGUCGUUCAUGACUUGUUUCUUAGAGAUUCAAUUUUCCCUUCGGCCAUCUAUCCGGCGGUCAGUUUUCUUAAGCUAAAUGCACUGAAAUGGCUUAUCAUUGUAUUUUUAGUCUUUUGUUUGAUACUCCCUUGCUGAGCUGAUUGCGACUUGUAUUGAUUGAGAACAGACCAACCUAUUUUUUGUUGGACAUACCAUAUUUUUGUUUCCCCUCUAGAUUUGUAGGACAUCUUGGGGAUAGAACAUGUUGGACGUACAGAUUAAAUUGGUUCUCUCGAUAGUUUUUAUGGAAAUAUUCUGACUUUGCAUGAUUUGUAU